AUGUCAGAUCACUUGCGAAGGGUAACUAGUGCCUCCUCCCAAGUGACUCUUCUAGGAAAUAAUAUUCAAAACGAGCUAAUUUGUCUUUUGGGAUCUGAAGUAAAGAAGGCUACAAUCAGAAAAAUAAAUAAAUCCAAGUAUUUUUCUGUAAUCUUGGACAGCACUCCAGAUAUAACCCAUAAAGACCAGAUAUCUCUCACAAUCCGAUAUGUAACAGAACAAGAUGGAAUAAGUGGUGAUGUAGCCGUUGAAGAAAGUUUUAUUGGAUAUAAAGUGGCAAAAGAAUCAACUGGAGAAGCUCUCUCAGAGCUGUUGUUCGCUGAAAUUGAAAGUUGCCAUUUAAACAUGAAUGACUGCCGAGGACAAGCUUAUGACAACGGUGCUAAUAUGGCUGGUGUAAACAAAGGUGUUCAGGCUAGAGUCUUAAAAGAAUAUCCUCGUGCUUCGUUUACACCGUGUACCAGUCACAGUUUGAAUCUGGUAAUAUCUGAUGGUGCAAAGUCGUCUGUUAAGUCAACCUCACUGUUUGGAAUAAUUCAGAGGAUCUACACGAUAUUUGCGGGAUCGACAAAACGCUAUUGUAUAGUGAGUGAACAUGUCCAAUCACUAUCUAUUAAACAAGUUUGUGAAACUCGCUGGGAAGCGAGGAUUUCUUCCAUUCAGGCUAUCAGGUACCAGUAUGCUGACGUUAGACAAGCAUUGAUUGAACUUGCAGACAGUGUUGAAGACCCUAAAACAGCAUCAGAAGCUCAGUCUCUGAUAUCGCAUAUGGAAGAUUUUUCUUUCUUGACUUGUUUAAUUGUUUGGCACGAUCUUCUGUUUCAAGUUAAUCUUGUAAGCAAAACAUUACAAGGGAAAAUGACUGAUUGA